AAUAUGGCGGCCGUUAGCUUAUCGUGAAAUUAAGUUUUGUUUGCCAGCGUCGCCCAAAUUAGUACUGUAAAUAAGUGAUAAAAGUUACUAUUAAAGUAAUAAUCAAGUAGUUCAUUUAAUAAAUAAGUGUUUAGUGCAUUAUAAAGUUUUGAAUAUCCUCGAGAAACAUGUACGACGAUAGACGUGGCGGUCGUGGUGGUGGACGAGGUGGAGGUAGAGGGCGGGGCGGAAGUCGUGGUGGAGGUGGGUUUCGCGGCGGCCGUUCCGAUGACAGAUCUUCGGAUCGUAGCCGCGGAGGGGGUGGUCGUGGCCGCGGCGGCAGAGAUGGACGCGAUGGAGGCAGAGAUGGCGGCGGCCGAGGGUUCAGUAGCCGCGGACGCGACGAUUUCCGUAGCAAUUUCAAGAAUGAGCAACCCGGCGGUGGUCUACGGAAAAUUCGCUGGGACAACGUUCAGCUCACGCCGUUCCAGAAAAACUUCUAUGUUCCACAUCCAAAUGUUCAGAGGCGUCCUGCUGCAGAAGUAGAAGCAUACCGUAGCCAAAAUCAAAUUACAGUACGCGGUCGCGAUGUCCCUGCUCCUAGCAUGUACUUUGAAGAAGGUGGUUUCCCUGAUUAUGCUAUGAAAGAAAUCCUGAAACAAGGAUUCCCUCAUCCAACUCCUAUUCAAGCACAAGGGUGGCCAAUCGCUCUCUCUGGGCGUGACAUGGUUGGAAUCGCACAGACGGGAUCUGGAAAGACAUUAGCAUACAUUCUUCCUGCUAUAGUCCAUAUUAUUAAUCAGCCUAGAUUGCUGAGAGAUGAAGGUCCAAUUGUACUUGUCCUAGCUCCUACUAGGGAGUUGGCUCAACAAAUCCAGCAGGUGGCCAAUGAUUUUGGCCAAAGUGUACAAGUGAGAAACACUUGCGUCUUUGGAGGUGCUCCAAAGGGACCUCAAGGCCGUUGCCUGGAGAGGGGUGUGGAAAUUGUGAUAGCGACACCAGGAAGACUGAUAGACUUUUUGGAGAAAGAUACAACAAAUCUUAAGAGGUGCACAUAUUUGGUGUUAGAUGAAGCUGACAGAAUGUUGGAUAUGGGUUUUGAGCCUCAGAUCCGGAAGAUUAUUGAGCAAAUCAGGCCAGAUAGGCAGGUGCUCAUGUGGUCUGCUACCUGGCCAAAGGAAGUCCAAAACCUUGCUGAAGAGUUCUUGCAUGAUUAUAUCCAGAUCAACAUUGGUUCUCUCUCGCUAUCAGCCAAUCAUAACAUCUUACAGAUUGUUGAUGUGUGUGAAGAAUGGGAGAAGAAUGAUAAGCUUAUCACACUGCUUACUGAGAUAUCAUCUGAGGAGGAAACUAAAACAAUUAUAUUCGCUGAAACUAAGAGAAAGGUUGAUGACAUAACAAAAGCUAUAAACCGUGCUGGUUGGCGAGCCCUUGCUAUCCAUGGAGAUAAAAAUCAACUAGAUCGUGAUUACGUCCUCAAUCAGUUCCGCCAAUCGAACGGUGGUAUUCUGGUCGCUACAGAUGUCGCAGCUAGAGGGUUAGACGUGGAGGAUGUGAAAUUUGUAAUAAACUAUGACUAUCCGAAUAAUUCUGAGGACUAUGUGCACCGUAUCGGACGUACUGGUCGCUCCCAAAACACUGGCACUGCUUAUACGCUGUUCACACCAAAUAAUGCUGCUAAGGCAAAGGAUCUCAUGUCAGUGCUGCAAGAAGCUAAUCAAGUAGUGAACCCUAAAUUAUUAGAGCUAGCUCAGUGUGGUAUGGGAUUCAAAGGAAAAUAUGGUCGCGGCAGGUACCGUGAUAACGACGACGGGGACAGCCGCGGGGGACGCGGGCGAGGGGGCCGCGGGGGUCGCGGUGGUGUAUCACGACGUGGAGAUAGGGGAGGAUCUCGGUGGGACAAUUCGGAAGGUGGCGGCGGCGGCUCGGGUUUCAGUCGCGACGGUCGGCAGGGCUUCGGCAACAAAGACGGCGGCAGCGGAGGGUUCAACAGAGACAGCUCUAGCUACGGCAGCCGACAGGACGGCGGCGGGUUCCGCGGUGGCCGCGGGGGCACGCGAGGGGGAGGGGGCACGCGCGGGGGGCGGGGAUCCUUCUCACAGAACAAUUACAACCAGUCCUCCGGAUACCAGAACCAAGGAGGAUACCAAAACUCAGGCUUCAAGACUCAAUCACAAGGAUACCAACAAGGACAGAACUUCAGUGUACCUCCACCAAGUAGCUACUAUAAUAUGUAUUCUCAACCACCGCCACCUCCGGGCAAUAAGUUCGCUGCUAAGUAAAUUUAGAGUAACUCUUAACAUAUCCGCUCAUGUCUACAUGAGCUGUAUAUUUUUCUUUAUAAUAAAAUUCACCUCGAAAUAGUUUUGCACUGAGACUCUAAAAACAUGCUGUCUUAAACUUGUUUCGAUUGUAAGUUUCCAAACACCUAAUAGUUUAAAUGCAAUAAUGUAUACAAAUGUUUUAUUAAAUCCUAGAAUGAGCUGUAAUUACGGAAAUUUGUGAUAUAAUAGAUAUAUGUUUUAUGUUUCUAAAGAUUUGCCAUUUAGUGAUUUGGAAAUCAAGACUACAUUGAAUUUAUUUAUAGAUUAACUAAUUAGUGUAACUAGGGAAUCGGCGACCUAAAUCUUUAGUGCCGUCUUAAUGAAUCUGCUUAUUAUUUUUUGCAUACUAUUUUUCCCAAUAGAAGUUACAUUCCUUCCUAUAUAGUAGGUACAUAAUUGUAACUAAAACAGUUUAAGUAAUGUGCAAUUCAUGUAUU